CCAUGGAGUAGCUCCAGCUGGGUGGCCACCACCAGGGCAUCUGGGAAGCACCCUGAGCCUUGAGCCUGGGAAAGAGCCCAGCAUGGUGCCUGACAAUGAUGAUGGUGAUGGUGACAAUGACAACAACAGCUCCAAUAGCAGUGAAACUGGUGAUGAUGGCAACAACAUCAAUGACUAUGGUGGUGAUAAUGGUAAUAAAAAUCAGCGUUGUGAUGGCAAUGACCAUGAUGAUGGUGACAAUGACAGUGAUGAUGGUGAUGAUGACGGUGAUGAUGGCAAUGAAGAUGGUGAUGAUGGCAACAAUGAUGAAAAUUCCAAUAGCAAUGAAGAUGGUGAUGAUGACAUCAACAGUGACAGUUCCAAUAGCAGUGAAGAUGGUGACUCCAAUGACAAUGAAUAUGAUCACUCCAGUAGCAAUGAAAAUGGUGCAGAUUAUGGGGGGUGGCGAUUUUAGCUUGUAACGGUUUUAUUACCCUGGGAUUUUCAGAGAUUUUUGGGUUCCUUUUUUAUGGCACCCACCUCAGGCUACCAGAUUUCAUGAUUGAUCUGUGCCAAUAAAUGUAUCUAGUGAACAUGAGA